AUGAAGAAAAGGAACCGAGCAGUGGUUGAAAAGGAACCGAGAAAUGAGAUUGAGAGUGAGGAACGAAAUGCUACCAUUGAGCCAGAGGCAAUAAUGGCAGCAUGGUGUAAUGGAAUCACUAUUAUUUUGUACCAAGUAUUGUCAAGUAGUCGCUAUAGCAGCAUUAUAUCAUUGUUCUAUUGUGUGCGCGACAAUAUCUUCUUUAUGCGAGCAUGCAGUCUGUCAACAAGCUUCUUCAAGAUGUUAGGCUAUGGAUAUCCCAAGGUAUUAAGUAUUAAUGGCAUUGUUUGUGUUCAUGCAAAUUCAAAUUGCGGUGCAAUUGUAUUUUGGAACCCAGCUACCCAAGCAAUAAAACUCAUUCCUCCUAGUCCUCUUGAGUUGGUUGAGUUGCCUAUUCCUGGUGUUGCUAAGGAAUUCGUUAAUGUUGAAGCUUUUACUUAUCUUCAUGGAUUUGGUUAUGAUAGUGUUAUAGAUGACUAUAAGGUUAUCUGUCUUGUAUCUUUUGAUAUCCAAGUAGAAUUGGGAGAUACAUUUUCAGACUCCUUAUUGGAAGAUAUAUACUUGGAUGAAUUAUGGGAGAUAUAUAGCCUAAGAAGUAACUCGUGGAGAAAACUUGAUAUUGACAUGCCAUCUUCUUCUUACUGUAUAGAGGGAACCCAAGUCUACAUGGAUGGAGUGUGUCAUUGGUUGUGUGAAGAGAAUACCCCUGCUGGACCAUGUUUAGUAUCAUUUUACUUGAGAAAUGAGGUGUUCUGUAUAACACCCAUACCCUCGGAUGAAGAUGAUUGUUUUAAAUUUAAAGCUUCAAAGAUAAAUUUGGUGUUGUUAAAUGGGUCCAUUUCCUUGACUGCGUUUCAUCGGGAGACUACUACUUUUCACAUAGCAAUUUUGGGUGAACUCGGCAUUAAGGAAUCGUGGAUCAAACUCUUUACUGUUGGACCGUUGUCUUGCGUUGAGCGUCCUAUCGGAGUGGGGACAAAAGGGGAAAUUUUCUUCCAAAGAAAAGAUAAUGAAUUAGCUUGGUUUGAUCUAAGUACCCAAGUGAUUGAAGAGCUUGGUUAUAAAGCAAGGGGUCCUUAUACUCGGAUAUCACUAUACAAGGAAAACAUUCUUGUAAUUGAAGGAAUAAGUAAUUAA